UCUCAGCUUACCUCCCGCUCGCGUCAUGCGUGCCACGCAAUUCGGUCACCCAGGUAGGGCACUCACAGUCUCGACACCAUCUCACCUUUCCAACCCUAUCAUCCCAAGAAUUCCCAGGAGCUGCACAGCGGGCCCCGCCGCCGACAUGCCGUAAGCUACGAUUACACUUUAGCGUUACUUUCUACUGACCUGACUUAAGCAUGCACUUCAACGAGAACGACUACUGCGAGGCGCUGGGGCGGAAUGGCCGAUUUCUAACGAACAUCGACGCCUGGGUUCUUGGAAACCUCCUCGAGGUACCGAAGCUCCAGCAUCUUGCCAUGUCUCGCAUCUACGCACAGCAUGUAGAUGCAAAGACUCGCCAGCCUCUCAAGAUCCAUACCAUCACCCACGUAUGUACGAAUACGGAAAUUAAUUCUCCGCUUUGUCUCUUCCAUCUAGUCAUACUCACACAAGACUUUGCGCACCCAGACCGUGUCAAGUGGACAUUCGAACGAUGGGAUUUGGCCCUACGCGGUCACCAAGAUGCAAAAACGGCCCUGCUCGACAGUUCCGUAACGCACGACAUGUAUGUGAAGCCAAUGGAGACUUACUUUGUUGAUACCAACAUUGCACAUGUGGGCAGGGCCACUCGAUCUGCGACAGCCUUCGAAGCAGGAUGUCUGAAAGUCGACCUAUCGGCUCUGCCUAAGGUCAAAUCGGAAAUCAAGAAGCAACCCGAGGAUGAAUGAGUGGGACCACAAACUGAGCAGGUUCAUGUAUACACGAUGUGUUCCGUUCGAAGCGAUCACUGAGGCUCAGCGUUCAUGUUGCAGCGGAAAUAGCCGUCAAACUAUUCACAAUUAUGAUUUUUUAGCAGUAAAUAAUGUCACAUAUAGCGCAGUGCAAAAUAUACUUGUCCAUACGAG